AUGAAGAAAACGUGCUGCCUUCUAGUGCUGCUUGCUGUCGUUGUUUGGACUACAGAGGGAAGAAGAGUCGCCUCCAGAACAAGAGAAUCGCUCCGAGGUCGAAGGUAUUCAGGUCGAAAGUUGGACGGUCAUGACUCAAGCAAUGACAGAAAGAAGAACCACGAAAACAAGGGUUCCUAUUCAGCUGAUGAACCAAAGAAGGGAGAAUUUUCCUCCUCUGAUGAUAGCCCUUCUCAGCCCGGAGCGAAGACAACGAUGAUGAUGAUGGGAAUGAUGCAGGCAAAUGGAGCGAAAGUUCAAGGACCCAUGAACGCAGUCGACCAAGACUCCCCUGAGGAGGAGACCGAAGAUCCAACAGAAGAUGACUACAUGGAAGAACCGUACCAAUACCCUGAAACUCCGUUGGAGGACUCACCCGAUGAUUUAACACCCGAAUUUGAAACUCCACCUUCGGAAACUGGUAUGAUGCAAGGCAACAUGAACGAAGCAAAGAUGAACAACAGAGGAAUGAUGACGAUGAACAAUGGAAGAAUGAUGGCACACAAUGGUAUGAGGCAGCAACCCAAAAUGACAUCAAAUUUGAAAGGGAACAUGGUGAUGGGUAAUAUGAUGGUGGCUGCAUCAACCAGUGGAAAAGUCAUGUCAGAUGUGAAAAAGGCAAAGAAGAGCACGCCAGCCAAAGAAGCGGCAAAAACACAAAAACUCAUGCAGAUGAGUGGAGCAACACAGAGUAACCCCAUGUAUUCUGAAGAUGAAAUUGUCCAUCUUGCAGACUCAUUUGAUGAGAUGUGGCCCGAGGACGAAGAUGCCGCAGAUGCACCUUUGGUGGGUUGUACUCUGGAGCUGAAAGUCUGCCCAGAUGGUAGCUCAGUGGGAAGAACAGGACCAGACUGUGCGUUUGAGCCUUGUCCAGAGCCUGAACCAGAAGCUGAGCCAGACGUUGUGUCUGAAGAUGAGGAAGGUGCAGAUGCACCGGUGGCUUGUACUCUUGAAUUGAAAGUCUGUCCAGAUGGUAGCUCAGUGGGAAGAACAGGACCCGACUGUGCAUUUGAAGCUUGUCCUGAGGCUCAAUCAUUGGAUGAGCUAGCCACUGAAGUGCCUUUUGCAUGCACCCUUGAGGUGGCCACAUGUAGUGAUGGAACUGUGGUGCGUAGAAGGGGCCCUGACUGUUCAUUUGAGCCAUGCCCUGAAGGGGCAUCUCUAGUUACAGACCCUCCAGUUGCGUUGGACACCGAAGUACCAACUCAGGUUCCAGCUGUUCCAGAGACUGAUAUCCCAAUGGUGGCCUGCCCUGAUGAUGUCUUGCAAUGUUCUGAUGGAAGUUGGGUGGUGCGAGAAGGACCCGAUUGUAGUUUCCCACCCUGCCCAAGUGCAUCUGCCACGUUGGCCCCAACCACAGCUGGAACACUUUUUGAUGCUGAAACUGAUGCCCCUUCAGAGAUUGAAGAAGAAGACUCCUUAGCACCAGUAGUCUGUCCUGAUGAUAUCUUGCAGUGUGCAGAUGGAAGUGAGGUGGUGAGGGAAGGACCAGAUUGUGAAUUCCCACCUUGUCCCUGGAUUGAAAGUUCACUCCCCCCAGGCACUGAUGUUGAUUGUCCUGAUGAUAUCUUGCAGUGUGCAGAUGGAAGUGAGGUGGUGAGGGAAGGCCCAGAUUGUGAAUUCCCAGAUUGUCCCUGGAUUGAAGGUUCACUCCCCCCAGGCACUGAUGUUGAAUCUGCCACUUUGUUCCCAACAACUGCAGAAACACUCGCUGAUGAUGAAACGGAUGACCAGAUAGGAGAAGAAAACUCAAUAGCACCAGCAGCUUGUCCUGGUGAUAUCUUGCAGUGUGCAGAUGGAAGUGAGUUGGUGAGGGAAGGGCCGGAUUGUGAAUUCCCAGAUUGUCCCUGGAUUGCAGGUUCACUCCCCCCAGGCACUGAUGGAACUUCAGAUGGACAGGAUACUGGAAACGAAACUGAUGACUUCUUUCUGGUGGUAAACGACAACUGCGUCAAUGCCAUUGAGCUGGAGGUUGGAGACACGCUACAAGGGACGACAGCCUUUGCUUCCAAUGACACUGAAGCAGACACUUGUGGCGUUAACGUCGAGGCACUCCUUCCAGAACCCGCUGGCUUCUUAUCGUUGCAACAGCUUGGGGUCUGGUAUUCCAUCGAAGCCACAGACACCAGACUGCGGGCAUCAGUCUGCGCAGAACUGGGCGACGAAUCGUCGGUGCCUUUCAUAGUCACGGUUUAUGCCGGCGGGGACGGCUGCUCUGACUUGACAUGUGCCCAAGUGUACAACACGGCUGGAUGUGCCGUCGACUGGGAUGCUUCAUCGGAUUUCGAAAUGUAUUUCUUGCUUGUGCGAAGUCUAGUUGUGGAGGGAGCAUUUCUCGACACCGACACGGAUCUAGAAUUUGAACUGACGAUCACAGAACCGGUCCCUCCAGUCAACGACGUUUGUGAAGGUGCAAUUGAACUUCAAAUCGGAGACACAGUGACUUCUAGAAUUCUUUCUGGAAGCUCCAACACAGAUUUCGACGGUAGAUGCUUGGGGGCGCAAAUCGACCCACCCAACCCCAAUGUGAACGUGCCUGGUCUGUGGUAUUCAGUGGUGGGUGACGGUGGUCGCCUAGUGGCCUCGACGUGUACUGAAGGCACGGAGAGCGGACCGACACUGCUGACUGUCUACUCAGGAUCGUGUGAAAAUCUGAUCUGCGAAACCGCAGAUCCGUGUACGGCGGAGCUGACUUCAACUGAAGCAGGAAGAGUGUACUACAUCCUUGUUGAAAAAGUCUUGCUUGCGAAUCGCCCCGGCGAAUUUGAACUAACCGUUGACAACUAA